CUAUAGUAGGUUGACGAAGAGCAUCUCUAAAACUCUCGCUGUGGCGCUUGCAUCAGAAAAUCAUUUGGUAUUCCACUAUUCUCACCAGCUGAGUCAGGAUUGUACGAACACACGACCAAGCCCUGACCAAGCUGCCCCACUUGCAAAAGGCCCGCAAAUUGAGCAGAAGCUCUGUGUAGGAUCUAUGGACAUCGAAGAAUUUCGCAAGGCAGGCUAUCAAGCCAUCGAUAGGAUCUGUGACUUCUACUACUCGCUCGAGAAGCGACCCGUGGUGCCGCCAGUGCAACCAGGAUAUCUGCUCAAUGCUCUCCCAGAUUCCCCUCCAGAGAAAGGGGAGGAUUUCGGUAUCAUUGCGGAUGACUAUCAGAAAUUGAUUCUGCCCGGUUUGACCCAUUGGCAGCAUCCAUCUUUCUUUGCCUAUUUUCCGACAGCAUGUACGUUUGAAGGAAUGCUUGGCGACCUGUACUCGAGCAGCACGCCCAACCCAGGUUUCAACUGGUCAAGUAGUCCUGCGUGCACAGAGCUCGAGAUGGUCACUAUGGACUGGUCCGCGAGGAUGCUGGGAUUAGCCGAUCACUUCUUGAACAGCUCUGGGACCGGAGGCGGCGUCAUCCAGACAACUUCUUCCGACUCUGCUCUUGUAGUGGCAGUUGCGGCGCGCUCCCUUUACCAGCGCACGCGUCCGGGGACCAAUCUAGAGAAACUUGUGAUAUACGUGACCAGCCAGACGCAUUCCCUAGGUGUAAAAGCCAGCCUUGUCCUUGGCCUCGAAUGCCGCAUUCUCGAUGUGCGCGCCGAGGAUGAGUAUGCGCUGCGAGGCGAGACGCUCAAGGCCGCGUUGGAAGAGGACAUCGGCAAGGGGAAGCACCCUUUCGUCCUAAUUGCUACUGUGGGAACGACCUCUUCGGGCGCCAUCGACCGCUUGGACGAGAUCGGGGAAGUCGCGAAGGACUACCCUUCCCUGUGGAUCCAUGUGGACGCGGCGUGGGCCGGCGUGACCCUGGCAUGUCCAGAAUAUCGCAAGGUUGCACGGCUGGAGGAAAUCAACAAAUAUGCAGCGUCCAUCGGCACCAAUUUCCACAAGUGGGGUCUGGUCAACUUUGAUGCUGCCCUCCUGUGGGUUAAGAGCCGCGAGGAUCUCACGGACGCCCUGGACGUCACACCGGAGUUUUUGCGCACGAAGCAGAGCGAUGCAGGCGCCGUCAUCGACUACCGCAACUGGCAUCUAGGUCUUGGCCGCCGCUUCCGCUCCCUAAAGAUCUGGUUCGUCCUCCGCAGCUAUGGCGUGGAGGGCUUCCAGAAGUACAUCCGGAAGUGCAUCGAGCUAAACAGACACUUCGCCGCGCUGGUUGAGGCAUCCCCUGACUUCUCCAUCGUCACGCCACCAUCUUUCGCGCUUACCGUGUUCCGCCUCAUUCCACGCGGCGCCGAGCUGUCUGAGGAAUCGCUGAAUGACCUCAACCGCUCGCUGUACGCGCGCCUUGGCGCCCGACAUGAGGUCCUGCUUACGCAGACGUUGCUGAACGGGACGUUCUGUGUGCGUUUUGCGGUGGGCGCGGAACGCACGAGGAAGGAGCACGUCGAGCAUGCAUGGCAGCUGAUUCAAGAGGAGGCGGGUGUGGCGCUCAAGGAUUGGACGGCGAGAGUUGCGAAGUAGAAUGCAUAGUUUCUGCAAUGAUUGAGGAGAAUAAAGAUGUAGCAUGAAAGGGUCCAUAGGUUAUAUGUACAGAACGCACUCGAAUG